UUAUGGUUGUAUUUGAUCAGUGUCACCCACGAUACGUAAACAAAAUAAUAGAACUAAUCGCAUUACUUGUAGGACAUACGAUUGAUAGGAACAAAACAUUUUGGUAGAUGAUUAAAAAUUAAAAUAAUACGUUUUUUUUUAACAAAAUUAAAGAAGAAUUGUUUUAUUUAUAUUUACUGGAACGUAAUUAUUAGAGGAAUCCGUUAUAUACAGCUGGAACAGGAGCGAAUAAGCUAAAUUUAUUACAUCAUUAUUAAAUAUUUAAAAUUUUAAACAUAUAGAUUAUAUUUUUAAAUAGCUGUGUUGUCAUGAUAAUACAAAUGUUUACUGAUUUAACCUUGUACAAUAAAUUAUUAAUAAUAAAUGUUACGUAAACAGCAAUCUUUUAAAACACGAUGCAAAUAUUUGCACUCAUUAUACUAUUGUCAUUUAUUGUAUUAAAUGAAUUUAAGUCGACCAAGCAUGUACACAAAGGACUUAUAGACGAUUUUAAGCUCGAAGAUUAUCCGUAUGUAAUGUGUUUAAAAAUAUUGUUACCUAAUAAAAGGGUAGAGACUUGCACGGGCUCACUUGUAGCAGAAUUGUUUGUAUUGACUGCUGCACACUGUGUUUACGGUAAAGAUAAAAAGGAUUUGAAAGUAUAUCAAGGUUCACGGAUAAAAAGUCAUGAUUCGCGAAACGUAGUCAAGCUGUACGUACACGAAAGUUAUAAUCAUACAUCUGAAGUUAUAAUUGGAGAUCUUAGUAUUUUAAAAAUAGAAAAACCAUUUUCGCAUAUCGAGGAAUAUAUAAGGAUAGGUGGUUCACCUAUUGAUUUCGCCAACAACAAGUAUCUGAAGUGUAUUGUUAUUGGAUUUGGUAUCAUUAAUGCUGAACACGAAGGAUUUAUUAAACAAAUUAUGGUUAAACACGGUAGGAAAGCUUGUGAAGGAUACGAUAGUGUUCAAAUAAUAGAUACAUGGCAACAAUAUCUCUGUGAGGUACCAAACAAGCACAAGACGUAUGAAGGAGACAGCGGUGGUCCGAUGAUUUGCAACAACUUGCAAUAUGGAGUAUGCAGUUUUUCAAUAAAUAUCAAUGGUGGAGACAUGCAGACUGUCUACGUGUUCAUCGAUUAUUACAGAAAAUGGAGCAAAACACCUUAA